UACGAUAAAAUACCGUAUUUUCCAAAAAUGAAAAUCUUGUUUAAUUAUCCAGUUGCUAACUUUCUUUUCUUGUCCGGUUAAAAUUGGGGCAUUUCCUACUUGGCUACUUUCUUCUUUCAACUAACGGAUCGCUCAUCUCUCACUAAAUCGAACGGCUACGAUUUGUCAACAGAGAUGGCGUGUAUAUCGUUAACCCGCAACACGCCGGAGUCCGCUUCCGGUGAUCAGAGGUUCCGUGCAGUGGCAGCGGAGGAAGAGGAUCGGUGUAGCUCUUAUCGUCGUCAUCCACGUCUUCGAUCAGGAAGAACAGUGAUGAGUCAGACGGCAAGGGGAAGAGGGACGGAGUAAAUAUAAAUGUGGGCAUAAGAUGGGUUCGAUGCUUUGGAAAAGUUUCUGCCUAUAAGGAAUGGCGUUUCUAAGUUCUAGUGUGAAAAUGCAAAUUUUUUACCAGCCUUUCGGAUGCCUUGUCUUGCUCGUCCAUUAAAGAUAUUGGUAAGCCUGAUGAUGCAUACACCAGGAAGCGAAAAAAAUUGCUUGCCUUCAAUAACUUUUGGGACAAGAAUUGUGAUAUUACUUUAAGAAGUAACAAUGGUGGGAUAUCAAAAAGUCCUGCCAACUCUAGAAGUGCAUUAACUCAGGCAGAAACCACAAGCCAUUCUGAGAGCAAUAACAGUGAAAUUUCUAUCUCAAAGUCGUCAUCACCUGGUGGAUAUCAUGUCAUCUCCACCGCUCGGUGAGGAGUUUGCCCCUGGAGGUCUUUCUCUUUGUCUGAUCUGCAAGGCUUCUACCGUUUGUUGUAAUUGCUGCUGUAUAUUCUUAUCAGUUUCUGCUCUCCUGGUCAGCUAUUGUGUAGCUAUAUGAAAUUCCUGCUAAUUCUGAAGAUUCGUUCUCCUUCUCUUCCUAAGUCUCUUGUCCUCGUUUUCUCGUGACCUUAGUAAGUAACUCAUAGCGAGCAAACUUGGUGGCAAUUGAAGAGUUCUGGCCCUGUUGCCCAGUGUCAGCUGUUGCACUCGUAUAUCCAAUAUUGCUUUUUUAAUAAAAUUAGGUGUCUUGAGUAAUUACGAUCUUGAACCUUUUAUUUUUGUGUGGGAGUGUUUGUGCAUGUUGUGCAAAAUAUUUUCCGGAUUUCUGCAGCUACUAGGAGCUUAGUUGCCAUUGCAGAAGACAUGAAAGGACAUAGUGCUAUGAAGUACUGGAGUAAUAAAACCCCUGCACUUCAGAUCACAGCUUCUUUAAGGAUUUUCUCUAGUCUCAAGUUUGGAUCUUAUGGAUUCUAAACCAGUUAUAGUCAGCCUGAAGGCGCUGCGUGCUUUCCAUUCAAUUGACGGGGCUCUUUAUGCUAUACUCGUGACUGAACUUUGGCGUGAUCCGGUGGAAUCGUUGCAGAUUAUUGCCUUAUGGCUUUGGUUAGAGCAUGUGGGUUUUGGCAAAGUCACAAGGAAGAUCUUGGCAUUUGCUCCGUUGUUCAUCAAUCAAAUUGCUGAAGAGGCUGCUAUGUGUAUCAAGUGCAUAAAAGAUUCCCACUUCAUACAUUCAGCUGAAGCCACCGAUAUUCCUCUGACUCGUAGCAUCGUUGAGAAAGAGAUAUCACUUCGGUUUUUUAAUGAGAAUCGUGUGACUGCAUCCCGUGAAGUAGGCAGAAUUAUUAAUCAAGAUUGCCUCUACACUAUGCGAGACAUCACUGAAAAAGCCCUUCAUGGUGAUUCUGGAGAAAGUUCAUCAAGAAACUGGUUAUUAAAUCCAUUAAAUGCUGCUCAGAGUUCUCCAUCAAAUUCUACUCUGAUGCCAUUUAAUGGUCGACAAAGUUCAGGAUGGAAUCAGAUGAUGAUUUCAUCCAACGCUAAUACUGCAGAAAGUUCAUAUAGAAACCAGAUGAUUCGUUUUAAUGCUUCUCGACGCUAUUUAUCAAAUCCCAUUGUCAUGCCAUUCAAUGUUGGGCCAAGUUCAGGAUAUAGCCAGAUGAUGAUUCCAUCGAAUGAUGCUCGAAGAUCUUUAUCAAAUCCUACUGUAAUGCCAUUCAAUCUUAGACAAAGAUCUGGGUUGAAGGAAAUGAUGAUGUCACGUCAUUUCCACGAGUCGAUGAUCCAUAACUUCUCUAACAUGAGAGUUGGAAGGAAUGCAUUCCCGAGAAAUAAUCAACUCAUAAAAGAGGUACCACGAGAGGACAGGACUAUGUUUGCAACAUUUUCUAGGGGUUAUCCUGUGGCUGAAAUGGAAGUUAGGCACUUCUUCACAACGGUCUAUGGGAAUUGCAUAGAGUCCUUCAGAAUGCAGGAGGUUUGGCCUUACGAGCAACCACUUUAUGCUCGAGUCGUGUUCCUUAAAGCCUCGUUCGUUCAGGAAAUUCUUGAUGGUACGGAGAAGGCCAAGUUUACCAUCAACAGAAAGCACGUAUGGAUGCGCAAGUUUGUGCCAAGAAACAAGGGCUCCUCUUAACUGGCAUUGGUGUGAUAGAAUGCUGGCUGCAUCGUCUAUCUGUAUUUUGAUGUUUCGUUCCCUGUAGUUUCCCGUUAUCCUAUCAUUAUUGUAGCCAUUUGUCGUGUUAAUGUUAUUGCUUUCGUUUCUUUCUUUUACGUGUUGUAUUUUCAAUUUGACUAGUGAAUGUAAUAUAUUAGUGGUUGUGUUAAUUUCAGUUAUUUCGAGUAAA